AUGGGAUAUAUAGCUUUGGCAAUAGCUAUCUCUGGUGUUGCUGCUUCUAUCAUUCCAGGUGGACGUACCGCACAUUCCCGUUUCAAAAUUCCUAUUGACAUCGAUGAAAAUACAAGUUGUAACAUUAGCAAAGAAAGCUCACUUGCAGGGUUAAUCCGAGAUGCAAAAUUGAUUGUGUGGGAUGAGGUAUCUAUGGCCAAAAAAAGAAUGAUAGAAGUUUUUGAUCUACUAUUAAAAGAUAUCAUGAAUACAAAUGCAUUGUUUGGCGGAAAAGUUGUAGUUUUAGGAGGUGAUUUCAGACAAACUCUUCUCGUUAUACGAUACAGGAAAAAAGAAGAUUUUAUUGGCGAAAGUUUGUUAUAUUCUAGCAUUUGGAAUGAACUUGAAAAACUAAAGUUAUCUGAGAAUAUGAGAGCCAAAACAGAUCCUGUAUUUUGCGAUUAUUUGUUAAGAAUUGGAAAUGGACAAGAACGAGUCAAUUCAGAAGACAAGAUUGAAAUUCAGGAUUCUUUGAUUAUUCCUUAUACAACCGAAAGAGAAUCUCUUGACAAAUUAUUCGCAGCGACAUAUUCAAAUUUGAAUUCGACGUAUUCUAAUUCAUCCUUUACUCACUUAACCCCUUUGAGUAUAUUUGCCGAUGUUGUUCUUGAAGCAUUUGGUGGGUUCAGUGAUCUUGAUGUAUCUGUUAUUGCUUUUAAAGGUGUUGGAAUGAUUUUAUCUUUUGGAAGCAGAGAUGAAAGACAAGGACAAAUUUGA